AUGCCGAGCUGCCCGCGGCCCGUCCCGCUGCUGCUGGCGCUGGCCGCCGUCCCCGCGCUGGCGGCGCUGAAGGUGACCCCGGCCGUGCUCCACACCAAGCCCAAACCCUCCCAGGCACCGGCAGCUCCCCCGGCUGUCCCGGGGAGGAUCCCGUUCCCAGCAGCGCCGGGCAGAGCCGAGCUCCCCACGCUGUUCCCCCUGGAGAACUCCACGCUGGACUCGGCCGAGUUCUUCUUCAACUGCUGCGACUGCUGCCCGCCCGCGGCGGGGCCUCGGGGCUGGCCGGGCCCCCCGGGACCCCCAGGUCCCACGGGGGAGAAGGGAGAUGCUGGGCUGCCAGGGCCACCAGGAACCCCUGGCCCCCAAGGGCCAAAAGGCUCUAAAGGAGAAAGAGGAGGAAAAGGGGAGCAAGGGGAGCGAGGAGCGAGUGGAAGCCCCGGUUAUCCAGGGAAACCUGGGCUGCAAGGUGAAGCUGGAGCCAAAGGCAAUAAGGGCAGCUACGGCUUCCCUGGACUGAAGGGACAAAAGGGAGCUAAAGGGGACACCUGUGACAACGGCACCAAAGGAGACAAAGGGGACAGGGGGGACCCCGGAGAGCCGGGAGCGGGCGGAGAGCAGGGGGACAAGGGAGAAAAGGGGGACACGGGGGAAAAGGGGUACUGUGGGGAGCCGGGGGGCAGAGGGGCCAAGGGCGACAGAGGGGAAGGGGGCACCAAGGGUGAGAAGGGCAGCAAGGGGGACACGGGCACCGAGGGCGCGCGUGGGGCGGCCGGCAGGCAGGGAGAGAAGGGCGAGCAGGGCCACAAGGGCGACAAGGGGGACUCGGGCCCCGCGGGCACGGCUGGCCCCGGCGGGCCCAAGGGCGAGCCCGGUGCCAAGGGCGGCCGCGGCGCCCCGGGCAGGAAAGGCUCCCGCGGGGCCAAGGGCGCCCGGGGGGCCGCGGGCAGUGCCCCACGCUCGGCCUUCAGCGCGGGGCUGUCGCGGCCCUUCCCGCCUCCCAACGUGCCCAUCAGGUUCGACCGCGUGUGGUUCGACGAGCGCCACGACUACGACCCCGCCACGGGCAAGUUCAACUGCAGCGUGGCCGGCGCCUACGUCUUCUCCUACCACGUCACCGUGCGCGGCCGCCCCGCGCGCCUCAGCCUGGUGGCCGGCAGCAGGAGGGUGGCCAAGGCCAGGGACACCCUCUACGGCCAGGACAUCGACCAGGCCUCCUUCCUGACCAUCCUCAAGCUCAGGGUGGGCGACCAAGUGUGGCUGGAGGUCGGCAAGGACUGGAACGGGCUCUACGCCGGCGCGGAGGACGACAGCGUCUUCACGGGGUUCCUGCUGUACCCCGAUGGUUUUGAGGUCCUUCUGUGAGUUUAUAACCCCGAGGAACGUCUUUUGCCUCUGGGUGCGAGAGGAGAAAAGGGCAGCACCUUGGUUUAGCUGCUGUUUUUGUGAGGUUUUAACAAAAAUGUUGCUAUUUGCAAGGCACGGAUUAGUAGAAGUCGCGCAUCCUUCGCCCAUUGUCCGAGCACCAACAGGACCAGCGUGGGGAGGGCAUUUCCCAGCACAGUUUGUAAUUAGAAUACUCAAAUCAUGGAAUGAAACUCCUUCCCAGCUCCUGCAGUCCUUGCAUGGCCCAGACUCCCUCUAGGAAUCAGUUCUGAUCUCUCUGAUUUUGGU